AUGACGGAAACAUUAGUAAUAAGACGAUCAAACAAUGCUGUUCAAAAAGAAGUUUCUUUUUACAAUUCAUUAUUUGAAGAUUCAACAACAGUUGAAAAACGUAAAGAUCAAUAUAAAACGUUAGUAUCAAAUUAUUAUAGUUUAUCAACUGAUUUUUUUGAAUAUGGUUGGGGACAAAGUUUUCAUUUUGCUAAUCGAUUUCAUGGUGAAACAUUAGCUGAAUCAUUACAACGACAUGAAUCUUAUUUAGCAUUGAAAAUGAAUGCUAAAUCAGGUGAUAAAUUACUUGAUCUUGGUUGUGGUGUUGGAGGACCAUUAAGACGUAUUGCUCAUUUAACUGGAGCACACAUAACUGGUGUAACUAUUAGUCAAUAUCAAAUUCAACGAGCUAAACAAAUCGGUGUACCUAGUAAUUGUCAAUUUAUUCAAUGUGAUUUUAUGAAAUUACCAUUUGAAGAUAACACUUUUGAUCAUAUAUAUACUAUUGAAGCUGUGUGUCAUGCGCCAGACAAAGCAAAAUGUUUUGCUGAAGCAAUUCGUGUACUUAAACCAGGUGGUUCUAUUGUUGGUUAUGAUUGGUGUUUAACUAAUAAAUAUGAUAGUUUAAAUCAUGAUCAUAUUGAAACAAAACGUUUAAUAGAAGAAGGUGAUGGAUUACCUGAUUUAAAAUCUACACAACAAUUAGUUGUUGAUCUUAAAUCUGUUGGUUUUAUUGUGCAAGAAAGUAAAAUAAUUCCAGAAGGUGAUAUUCCUUGGUAUCAACCAUUAGUAGGUGGAGAUCCAUUUUUAUCACCAAGUAAUUUUCGUACAACAUUAGUUGGACGUUGGUUAACACGUAAUGGAGUUUGGUUAUUAGAAAAAAUUGGAAUAGCUGCUCAAGGUAGUCUAGCAGCAUUAUAUAUACUUGAAACAGCAAGAGAAGGUGUCAUACGUGGUGGUAUAAGUGAUAUAUUUACACCUUAUUUCUUUUUUCAUGCUCGAAAAUCUUAA